AUGGAUUGCCAGCAGGGGAACAAACAGUUUUCCUUUGAUUUCAAGAUUGUAGAACGCAAAGCGCAGUGCCAUACAACGCGCAAGGGCCACAACCCCCCAGCCAGCCACGGGGCAAACGCCGGCGCGGGUGUUUUUGGUCGGCCUUUGAAUUUCGGCAGCCGGCAGCCCAUCAAACAGGCUCACCCCAUGCCGCGGCGGGAACCCGGUCUCGCCACCGAGCCGCCCCCACCCGAGCAAGGCUGUGUAACAUUAAGGCCGGCUUUGGCCACACCCAGGGGGUGGGGAAAAUCGCAUAGCUACAAAAAGAAACCUUGCCCCACACCCGCCAGAUAA